UAGACGAGCCGCUGGGUCGACUGACUGGGGGCGCGUCUGUGAAGAGCGAAGCGGGUUUCAAUUUCAAACCCAAACAGUCCGAGGCGAGGGCGAAGGAGCCAGUGGAUUGUAAAACAAAAUACAGUGUUUGUCGUGGCGUUUACAUUGAAAUCUCUAGGUUUUACGGUUUCCUGACUCGGCGUCGUGCUCCCUCUCAGCCCGGGCUUGCAGUUCAGCCUCACGUUAAAAGUCGCUCGCAUCUAACGCUCCAGUUUUCUGCGCCUGGGUAAUUUUUUGAUGUGGUAAACCGAGGCUACGCUUGAUUGUUGCAGCUGUUGAUUUAUCGGGGAUAUUGUAAAACAUUAAAACACCAGUGCCAUUUAUAUCCAUCUCUGAGUGAGCUAAUUAAGUUACCCAAGAAACAUGCCGAGGUCGAACAGGCAAAGGGAAUAUAAACCUGGGGAUCUCGUCUUUGCCAAAAUGAAGGGGUAUCCACAUUGGCCUGCAAGGAUUGACGAGUUACCUGAAGGAGCAGUUAAGUCGCCCUCCAACAAGUACCAGGUGUUCUUCUUUGGAACACACGAGACGGCAUUUCUGGGGGCCAAGGACUUGUUCCCCUAUGAUGAAUGUAAGGAGAAGUUUGGAAAACCAACCAAGAGGAAAGGCUUCACUGAGGGACUCUGGGAAAUUGAGAAUAAUCCCACUGUCACGCAUGAAGGCUACGAGCCAUCAAAGAAGGACAACACGUCAGAAGGCGCAGGGGAGACAGGCAGUUUGGAGAAAGCAGAUGCUGAGGGCAGUAGUGAUGAGGAUGAAGGUGCCCUGGUCAUUGACGAGAAGAACGAGAGGGGAGGAACUAAACGAAAAGCAGGGGAGUCCACAGAGGCAUCUCCCAAGCGGCUGAAGGACUCAGAGGGGGAAGGUGAUUUGAAAGCAGACAGCAACAAGUCUAACACAGAGGCCAAACUCAAUGAUGUGGCUGGGCCCAAGCCCACUGCUCCAUCCUCACUGAGCGAGUCGAGACCAGAGGGCCAGGAAAACCCUCCUGCAGGGGGACAGUUAACAGCAGAUAAGCCCGUGACAGACAGUGCUUAACACCAACUCUCAGAAGAAAACCAAGAUCCUUUGGCGCUUCUCUCUGGAAUUUAAGCAUUAAAAUGAUUACCUGCAGAAGGAUAGAGUUCUGCUGUUUAAUUAAUAGGAUAAUUUUAAAACCUAAGUAUGUUUGUAUUGAGAGACAAACAAAUCUUCAUUUGCCAUUUUGGGAUAUCAUAUAUCCUAGAAUCAAAAGUUUGCUAAUCUGAUUUCAAACAAUUGAAUUGAGCACUUUAAGGCUCAUUUAUAAAUGGGAUUUUGGUGUGUAUAUAUAUUUUUUAUUUCUAAGUGCAAUUACAUAAUUACAAAGUCUGGAUGCUAGGUGUCAAAAACAUUUUUCAGUUUAGAGAGAAUACGUGCUGAAUUCAUAAUGUAACCUAAACAAACAAAAUGAGUUUUGAGGAAAGGAAACCUUUCAUCCACCAAACAAUUUUGUUUGACAACUACUCCCAUUUGUCCAUUCAGUUGAUAUUUGUUGAUUUUGAAAACAGAGAGAUCAUGUACUUCUAAAGAACAAACUUUCACUUCUGCCGCUUAAAUACAGUAUGUACACACAAGGAUUUAGUGAGUAUUCUUCCGUUUGUUUUGCCUAGCUUUUCAGCCUGACCUUAAAACAUGUAAUUUUUACAUGAGUUGCACUUUCAAAAAAAUCUUGUUUUUCUUCUUUUUUUGCCCCGUUAAUUGUUGUCUAGAUAGGAGAUUAAUAUGCUAUGCUGGUUUUGUUGCUUUGAUGUAUUGUACACUUCAUUGGAGGUGACCAAAUUAUGCAAUUCAUUUCACUAGAUCGCAUAUAUGGUCUACUUGUUUGUGUAAGCCCCACUUGAGAAGAACCUUAAACUAAUUUAGGACUUAAGAAAAUGCUUUGAGUCCCCCUCUGUACUUUUCCAGAGUAACUCUUGGCCUAUUAUGUGCAUUAUUGAAAGCAGAGAGACAUUCCUGAAUGUUAUUGUGUCAAUCUUUGGACUUUCACUAUUUGAAGUCAAGGUGGAGAUAUUGUAUUUUGGGAGGUGGAAACAAGGUUGAUGGUCACAUUUUCAAAUCCUUUUGAAUCCACCUUGUCAGAUCAACUGCUAAUUUUUGUUGUAUUCCAAUUCCUCAUUAAGCUCAUACGAUGAUGCCAUUGCCAGAUACUGGCGAUGUAAUUGGUGAUACAAAGCAAGUUUCCUCUUAAAUCUAUUGUUGGCAUACAUUUUUAAUACCAGUCUAGUCCACACAAGUCAUGGUUUUGGAAGAAAUGGAAUUUUGUUGCAAGGCUUGAGGUGACUUCCAUUUCCACAGCAAAACCUCUUUAAAACUCUGUGAUUUCUCUGUUUCAAACCCUCUUAACUGGAAUGUGGAUCUGCUCCUCCUUCAAUGGUGUUAUUUUGGCUGUGGAACAAAAUUGUGAUGUUUUAAACAGGUGUUUUGUUCAAACAUUUAUUGAGGCAACAUGUUGAAUAUGUGGUGUUGUUAUUUUAUCUUGGCGACUUCCAAGUUCCCUAUAGUAGUUCUGGGGGUAUUCAUUCUUGAGGUUCAGAUUUUUUGACACGCUUUGCGUACUUGCCAUGUCAUUUGGAUAUUAUGUUCAUUGCUUCAACACUCUUAUCUAUAUUUGGCAACAUGAACCUCUAGUUAUUUAAUUUACUGUUGAUCCUAAGGGGAAGCUCUGUUUUUAAAAGUGAAAUUAACCCUACAUGUUUUGCUCUCAGUGGGAUUAUCUGUAUGCAGAUGUCCUAUGCUGUCCUGCUGCAUGACUUUUAUACAUGCCACCCUAUCACCACACCACUGAUUAUAAUAUAAACUGGUCAGAGCUCAAGACUCUGGAGUCAAUUCCUAGGGUGUAAUUUGUAAUUAUAGUGUAAUCCUUGGUUUAGCUUUCUCUGUCAUUUUCGGAGGCUGCCACUCAGCUUAAUCUACUGCUUAGUUUUACCAUUGUAGUCGCCAGUCCAUUUAAUAAACAUGUUGAUUACAAAAAUA